GAAGGGUAUGGGGGAGCUGCCCAGAGCUUGGGGUAGGGGAGCCGGUGCAGGAGGUGACUGGAGCCGCGGCGGCGGCAGGGGUGGCGGUGGCGACUCUCUCAGCCGUGGCAGCCAAGGUUCCAGCCCCGGCCAGGGAGGCGCAAAAGACAAUAAGCGGGCUGGAAACCGGACCGGGCCGGCCCCAACUGCGAUGCUUCCUGACUGAUGAUGUUAUAACAGUGCCCAGAAGCCAGAAGGCUGCAUUUUUCAGCUGAACAUACCUGAGUUGUCCCCACCAUCAUGGAGACCCAAAAGGAUGAAGCUGCUCAGGCCAAGGGAACAGCAGUCUCUGUGGAUACCCAGGACCAAUGGGCAGAGAAAGGAGCCAAGAACAAGGCAGCUGAGAUGACAGAAGGGCCAGCAUCAGAGCAACCCUCAUCUGGCCCAGGUAGGCUGAAGAAAACUGCCAUGAAACUCUUUGGUGGCAAGAAGAGCAUCUGUACCCUGCCUAGUUUCUUUGGAGGGGGACGAAGCAAAGGUUCUGGGAAAGGCACCUCUAAGAAGGGUCUUAACAAGAGCAAGACCCACGAUGGCCUGAGUGAAGCAGUCCAUGGCCCUGAAGACAUUGUCAGUGAAGGAAAUGGCCUCUCCUUACCUUUGCCUGAGUCAUCCUGCCGACUUCCCAGCUCUCAGAGUGCCCAUGGAUCUUUGGAGACAGACUCCAGACGCAAGACGUCUGUGGCUGGAGCCACAGAGAAAGCUAGGGCUGAGAAGGCUCCCUUUGUACCCAAGCCAAAAAAAGGCCUGAAAGGUUUUUUCAGCAGUAUCCGCCGUCACCGGAAGAGCAAGGUCUCUGGGGCUGAGCAAAGUGAUCCAAGAGCCAAGGAGCCUGAGGGGACCAGAGGCAGGCCUCAUGAGCAUGUGAGCUCAGCCCUUCUGUCCCACACUGAGACCCUCCAAGCCCCAAGAAAGGAAAAUGCCAAAUCCCAAGAUGUCCCUGGGCCAAAAGUUUCUUCAGUACCAGAGACUUCUCCAGCAGCCACUGAGCAGACAGCCUGCAAAGAUCCAGAAAAAACCAUGGAGGCCUGUGCCUCAGCACUCCUGCAGCCCAAAUCUGCCCCUGAAGCCAGUGGCCCAGAGGAGCCCCAUAGCCCAGAAACAGGGGAGAAGGUUGUGGCAGGAGAGGUAAAUCCACCCAAUGGCCCUGUGGGGGACCAGCUGAGCCUCCUCUUUGGGGAUGUCACAUCCCUGAAAAGUUUUGACUCACUGACAGGUUGUGGUGACAUAAUAGCAGAACAGGACAUGGAUAGUAUGACAGACAGCAUGGCCUCUGGAGGCCAGAGGGCCAACCGAGAUGGGACCAAACGAAGUUCCUGCCUGGUGACCUACCAAGGAGGGGGCGAGGAGAUGGCCUUGCCUGAUGAUGAUGACGAGGAAGAAGAGGAAGAGGAGGUGGAAUUAGAGGAGGAAGAAGAGGAAGUCAAGGAGGAAGAAGACGAUGACUUAGAAUAUCUGUGGGCAAGUUCCCAGGUGUACCCAAGACCCAUUCUAAAUCCAGGCUACCAUCCCACCACAUCCCCAGGCCACCUCGGUUACAUGCUCCUUGACCCUGUUAGGUCUUAUCCUGGCCUAGCCCCUGGAGACCUUUUGACUCCUCAGAGCGAUCAGCAAGAGUCUGCCCCCAAUAGUGAUGAGGGUUAUUAUGACUCCACCACACCUGGACUUGAGGAUGAUUCAGGUGAGGCCCUGGGGCUUGUCCGCAGGGAUUGCUUGCCCCGAGACAGCUAUAGUGGCGAUGCCCUCUAUGAGUUCUAUGAGCCAGAUGAUAGUCUUGAGAACUCCCCACCUGGGGAUGACUGCCUUUAUGACCUCCAUGGUCACAGCUCUGAGAUGUUUGACCCCUUCUUGAACUUUGAGCCGUUUUCUUCCUCUCGGCCACCUGGGGCAAUGGAGACAGAGGAAGAACGGCUAGUGACCAUCCAGAAACAGUUGCUGUAUUGGGAACUUCGGCGGGAGCAGCGAGAGGCCCGCAAGGCAUGUGCCCGAGAAGCUCACACUAGGGAGGCCUACACCCAAGAAGCUCACACCAGGGAGGCCCAUGCUCGAGAGGCCCACACCCGGGAAGCUUAUGUCAGAGAGGCCCGAGCUCGAGAGGCCUAUGCCAGGGAGGCCUGUGGCCGAGAGGUCCGUGCUCGAGAGGCUCAAGUCCGAGAGGUCCAAGUCCGGCAGGAGAAGCCUAUCAUGGAGUAUCAGAUGAGGCCUUUAGGGCCGUCAGUGAUGGGCCUGGUGGAAGGGGCAUCAGGGGCCUCUCAGACUUCCCACAGAGGAACCACCUCAGCUUUCCCUGCCACUGCAAGCAGUGAGCCAGACUGGAGGGACUUCCGUCCUUUGGAGAAGCGUUUCGAGGGAACCUGCUCCAAGAAAGAUCAAAGUACCUGCCUGAUGCAGCUCUUCCAGAGUGAUGCUAUGUUUGAGCCAGACAUGCAAGAAGCAAAUUUUGGAGGAUCUCCCAGGAGGGCUUACCCUACUUAUUCACCCCCUGAGGAGCCAGAGGAAGAGGAGGUUGAGAAGGAAGGGAAUGCCACUGUGAGUUUCUCUCAGGCCCUUGUGGAGUUCACCAGCAAUGGGAACCUCUUCUCCAGCAUGUCCUGCAGCUCUGACUCUGACUCAUCCUUCACUCAAAACCUCCCUGAGCUGCCCCCCAUGGUGACCUUUGACAUCGCUGAUGUGGAACGGGAUGGGGAAGGCAAGUGUGAAGAAAAUCCUGAGUUCCACAAUGAUGAAGACCUUGCAGCCUCCUUGGAAGCUUUUGAACUGGGCUACUACCAGAAACGCGCCUUCAACAACUACCACAGCCGAUUCUACCAAGGCCUGCCCUGGGGUGUGAGCAGUCUCCCUCGAUACUUGGGACUGCCUGGCAUGCACCCUCGUCCUCCACCUGCUGCCAUGGCCCUCAACAGGAGGAGCCGCUCCCUUGACACUGCUGAGACCCUGGAGCUGGAGCUCUCCAAUUCUCACCUGGGCCAGGGCUACAUGGAGUCUGAUGAGCUUCAGGCUCAGCAAGAAGAUUCAGAUGAAGAAGAAGAGGAGGAAGAAUGGGGCCGAGACAGUCCCCUGUCCCUCUAUACUGAACCUCCAGGGACCUACGACUGGCCUGCCUGGGCUCCCUGCCCUCUCACAGUGGGGCCAGGCCCUGCAGGAAUAAGUCCUAGCCAGUUGGAUGGGCCUUCCAGCCAGUCUCUACAUAGACAGGCAGUCUGUUGCAUAUCUCCUGUCGCCAUGUCAAUGUUGCUGUCAGUAUCAGGGCCAGAGCCAAGGGCACCUAGGGAAUCCAAGUCUCAGCUAGCUCGACCUUCGCACCUACCCCUGCCCACGGGCCCUUGUUAUAACCUCCAGCCAAAGGCCUCCCAGAGUCCGAGGGCCAGGCCUCGAGAUGUGCUGCUGCCUGUUGAUGAACCCAGUUGCUCCUCCAUUUCUGGAGGCUUCAGCCCCAGCCCUCUGCCCCAGGCCAAGCCUGUAGGCAUUACCCAUGGCAUCCCUCAGCUGCCCAGGGUCCGGCCUGAGCCCACAGAGCCUCAGCCCAUUCACUAUGGGGCUUCCAGCCUUGACCUGUCAAAGGAGAGGGCCGAGCAAGGUGCCUCUCACUCCACCAGCUACUCCUCCACUGCCAUGAAUGGAAACCUAGCUGAGUAGUCAUCAUCAAUU